AUUUCUUUUUUUUCUGGUCAAGAAGUAUUGACCAAAUGUCAAAAUCAGAUGGGUUGUCUGUAGCAAGUGGUUUCCGGCAGCGAUUUGAUAUCGAACUUCAUAACCUGAUUGGCAGUAUUUUCAGUAUUCAAAUAUUCACUUGUUUCGCGCGUGUUGUGUAUUGCUAAUUCCUAGGUGUGUCAUGCCGACAGUGACGUUACGUUAGCGGAGCUUACGAAUUCCAUCGGUGUGGUCGUAGCCAUGGAGUUCGACACUACUGGAGAAAUAUGUCUGACGUUCGCUGCAACCUGGCUCAGUAAGCAGUAGUCUCAUAGCGGCCACAAGCAACUUUCCCUGGCUCUCACCCUUCACCCCCUGUGCUGAGAGCCUGAUAUGUUGCGCGGCCCUUCGCCGCUGAGCCUGCGACUGAGUGCGGCGGACACCCGCAGUCCCUACUUCGCGCUGCUCGCCCUGUGCCAGGGCAUGGCCGCCCUCGGGCCCUCCGUCGACGACGAGGACGACGUCUACCUCGAGAACGGGCUGCUCAGCUACGAAAACCCCAACUACCACCUGGACCCGCAGCGCCUGGACGAUGAGCUCAACUCCAACACCCAGCGGCUGUACGACGAGCUGUACCGCGAGCUGGACGCCGUGUGCGGCGGCGGCAAAGCGGCGGCGGCGGCGCCGGGACGCCGAGGCUAUGCCGCCCUCGACGUCGGCUCCAUGGGCGUCGACGUGACGACCGGACCCGUCACGCACCUUGACAGGGGCACGGACGGCGUGGUGGGGCCUCUGGACAACGACAACGCGAACCUGGUGGGCGGCUGCGGAGGCGGUGGAGGCGGCGGAGGCGGCGGAGGCGGCCCGGGGCGGCGGCCGCUGGACCUCACCGCCUCCCUGCGCGCCGCCAAGCCCGACCUCCUGGAGACGGCGGGGCAGCUGCGAGACAAUGAGAAGCCGGCCAAUCUGAACGUGAGCGGCGGAGGGGAAGUCCCGCACCUGGCGGGCGCCCUGAACAGCGACCUGUACGCGGUGCCCGUGAAGCGGCGGCCGGCGCCGUCCCAGCUCCAGUCCCAGGACUCGGAGCAGCUGUCAUCCUCGUCCUCCUCGGAGGACACGGAGCAGGACGAUGACCUGCCCUUGGGCUGGGAGAAGCACGAAGACAAUGACGGCCCGUACUACUGGCACAUAAAGAGCGGCACCAUCCAGCGGGAGCCGCCCGCCCUGAUGGACAGCGGCCAGCCGGAGCCGAGGAGGCCGCUGGUCAAGGACGCGGAGAGCGCGCUGACCAGCUACCAGACGGGGGUUCUGGGCUCCGUCACCAGGAGCAGCACCAGCUCCGCCCUGGAGGAGCUCGACGGCAAGAAGAAGGAGAAGGAGGAGAGGCGGGAGGAGAUGGCUCUCAAGCGUCGCAGCUACCCGGCCCGCACCGAGCCCGAGGGCAAGGAGCGGCCCAUCAGGUUCGCGGUGCGCUCGCUCGGCUGGGUGGAGAUCGCGGAGGAGGACCUGACCCCGGAGCGGAGCAGCCGGGCCGUCAACAAGUGCAUCGUGGACCUGUCGCUGGGGCGCAACGACCUGCUGGACGUGGUCGGCCGCUGGGGCGACGGCAAGGACCUGUUCAUGGACCUGGACGAGGGGGCGCUGAAGCUGAUCGACCCGGAGAACCUGACCGUCCUCAACACGCAGCCCAUCCACACCAUCCGCGUGUGGGGCGUGGGGCGCGACAACGGCAGGGACUUUGCGUACGUGGCCCGCGACCGCGCGACACGCAAGCACAUGUGCCACGUGUUCCGCUGCGACAUCCCGGCCCGCACUAUCGCCAACACGCUGCGCGACAUCUGCAAGAAGAUCAUGAUCGAGCGCAGCCUGCAGCAGAACCUGGCCAAGCCCGUCGACAUAAGCGGGGGCGGCAGCACUGGCAGGUCAGGCCUGGCAACACGGCCCACAAACCUGCCCACCGAGCACAGGCGGACUCACCACCGCAACGGCCAGGCCCUAGUCACCCAGUCGUUCCCGACGCCCAUGGAGGAGCCGAGGAAGGUUCUGCGGGCGCAGUACCUGGGCUCGGCGCAGGUGGGCCGCGCCACCGGCAUGGACGUGCUCAACGACGCCAUCGACGACAUGGCGCGCUCCGUGCCGCGCGACAAGUGGCGGCCCGUGAGCGUGGCCGUCGCCCCCUCCAUGAUCUCCAUCCUGCAGCCGGGGGACGAGGGGAAGCUGAUAGGCGAGUGCCGCGUGCGCUACCUGUCGUUCCUCGGCAUCGGGCGUGACGUCACGCACUGCGGCUUCAUCGUGCACACGGCCCAGGACCUGUUCAUCGCGCACGUGUUCCACUGCGAGCCGUCGUCGGGCGCGCUCUGCAAGACCAUCGAGGCAGCCUGCAAGCUGAGAUACCAGAAGUGUCUGGACGCACACCCUCAGGGGCCGAGCCGUGGCCCGUCGGGCACCCAGACGCCCGGCCGGGGCCUCGGCGCCACGCUCAAGUCCCUGGUGGGCUCGCUGACGGGCCGCAGGCUGCGGGGCGGGGAGUCCUGAGACGAGGUCCUUUCUCUGCAGGAGCUGUGGCCGCUGCCUGCGGAGCGAGAGGUCAUCAAGCACCGCCACCUGCAGUCACCGCUCACCUUCAAGUACUUGUGCAGCAGCCCGCCGUCCGCGAGCCUCCGCUCCUUGCUGUCGCCGACGCUGGACACCCGCCGUCUCCGCCUGGCCUAGUUGCCUUGCCCCUCCACCUUCCUUCUCUACCCUCCACCCUCUCUCUCUCUCUCUCUCUCCCGACGCACCCUUCGCUCUGGGGAUCACGUCGCGUCCGCGUGCCGGCGUUUGUUUGUUUCUUUCCAUUCCGUGCGAUGUCCACCGCAUACGAGCGUGAGAGCUGGGAAGCGAGUCAUCACCGUGUGUGUGCGUGUAUUCCGUCUGUCACCGCGGACGAGUGUCGUCCCCCCCGUUUACGUCUUGCCGUCUCUCCACGUGCGAACGUGAGAUGUCUGGAAAGUGUCGAGCCGUCACACACGCACGCAUGCGUGCUUGCAUGCGUCUGGUUUUUCCCGUGGAGUACGUCAUCAACCACUUGCGAGUAAUUCGUUUUCGGAGAACGUACGUUUGUCACUGUGUGCGAGUAUCAUUGGGAAAAUGUAUGUACUUCGUCAGUACGUACGAGUGUUGAGUAUGUUAUUACUACAACCGAGUAGGUAUAAAAAUUUUGAGAAGUAGUCAUCACAUGUAUGCAUGUAUGCAUCUUGUUUUUUUUUUUAAAGAAUAUGUUACCACCGUGUGCAGGUAGUCAUUUCAGAGGGUACUUUUAUCACCGCAAUUGGGUACCAGUUUGGGAGUGAAUGUUAUCACCAUUGUGUAAGUAGGUAUGUAUAGUUCAUACCACGAACGAGUAUUAGUUUCAGAAUGCAUGUACUAUAUCACCUUGUACGAGCAUUAGUUACGAACAGUGAGUUCUCACUCUGCAUCAGCGUCUUUUUCCAUGGAGCACAUUUAUUCUCUCAGCUUUCUUCGAUUCCACAGAUUUCUUUCAUAGAAAUGCAGUAGAAUUUUGAGUAUUAAUGACGAGAGUGUAACAAAAAAAAAUACAUACUUGCGCAUAUCUUCAAGGUCUUUCCCUGUUGCUGAAUUGCUGGUGGUACCGUGGCUGAGGUUGUUUGUGGUAUUAUUUUUGUGACUUAAAAUAACUUUUAAAACUUCAAUCGUAAGUCUAGCAGUUAUAACAGUAUAAUUAAUUGGUGCUAGAUGCGAUUUUUACUCACAAGAAUUUAAUUUUCAGCAUCUGGAAGGAACACUACCCUAACCUUGAUUCCAUACUCCGAGACACGGUGAUAAUCCCCACUGGAAUGUAUUUGCUUUGUGUAAACUAUUUCAGGUGACAAUAUCGUUAGUAAAGUGAUAUGUUUGACAAGUCCGUACCGGCGUGUAACAUCAGCAACGUGUCGGGAGGCAAAUUUCCAUUCCUACUGUGAACUGUAGCUACAGAUUCGAUGUUAACGUCGAAAUGAUUGCACGUGAACUUUGAACCUUUGAGAUGAGCCCAGGUAGUUGCAAUGUUGAGUGUAGUACCUCGACUGCAGAUGUGAAAUCAAAGCACUCUUGUAAUGUGUUUGCAUGAUAAGGGGAACAAUUAUCAGAAAGUUCUUGUAAAUAUUGUGAAGUACUGAUUAAACCAGAAGGAAUGUUUGUACAGCUAGCUAAAUGAUGUGCUUUAGGUCUUUGUCACAAAGUUGUAGUGUCUGAAUAUUUUACCCAUGUGACAGAAUUUUUUUUUUUUGGCCUCAAUAUCAUCUGUAAUACAUUACUACUAUUACUGUAAGUAGUGUGGGGGCUAGGUAGUUAAAAAUGUCACUCUGUUCUAUUUUUUUUACAAUUAGAAUCAACACAAGUUGAUGAUCAAGCUUGAUGACAAAUUGAAUGUUGUUGAUGUUUUUGUUUUGAUUGAGUCUGUGCAUUUUAUACUGAGGUUAAAAAAAUAAAAUAAAAAAUAAAAAGACUGCUUGAAUCAAAGAACUGUACAUAUUAAUGUUGAAAAGAGAAUUUUUAUUGCGGGCUUCGAUUUGAGCUGGAUUAUUUUAAGAAGAAAAAAUAAAAUGUUGUUACUGUUUACCUUCUACCAAGGUUUAAUGAAACUCUUCGUAGCAUUGCGGCCGUGUGCUCUGUCGGCUUGUGUUGGUGAUCCUGCCCGCGAAAAGCCUCACCUUUGCGCUGCGCAGUGUUAUUCGUGGUUCUGUCGCAUUGGCACUGUUUUUUGCGUAUCCUUAGCGUUGUUGCGUGCACCGCAGCUUAUGAACGUUGUCUCGCUUCGAGACUGUUUUUUCCCCCCUCAGCCUUCAAUCCUAAGUGCUCGAGUUCAAGUGAGCAUGAAGACAUGUACCAUUUGUGUGAAACAAUAAAUUUAAAACUACAUUAAAGUGCAUAUAAAAAUAUAUAUAUUGUAUAAAUAUAAAAGAAUUUUAAGAAUACAUGUUCUUUCUUAUGUAGCUAGGGUAGAUAUAUAGCGUUAUUUAUUUUCAAUAUUGCUUGGAAGAUGUAUGUAACAAGCGUCACGUGACUGUAGUGUGUAAUGGUCGUUUCUGCCACAACCCCCAACGUUUUGUCGUCGCAGAUGAUGAUUGCUGGAGUGCGAGAAAUCACUUUUCAAGUCACGCUUGGUGAGCGGUUUUCUGGGCCGCUUCACCGCUCUGGACUUAGUUUAAUUUGUGUGGAAACGGUUGGCCUCUCUGGAAGUCCAAAGUUGACUUGCACUGUCCCUCUUUGCGUGUGCCAAUCAGGGUUGGCCGAUUCAAACCACAGUGGUUUUAAACCACGGGUUGAAUCAAAUAGUUACUAUAAAAAAAAUGAAAUAAUUUUUUUUAAAUAGAUUAUCUAAUUUUUUUUUUUAAAUUUAAGAUCUAAUUACUCUUUAACAACAAGAGUUUGGUCAUUAAUGUUACUUUUGAUUCAUAGAAACAAAAAUUAAAUUAAAUACUAAUCAAGGUCUUAUCAUUUAAUUGUCUAAAGAAAACAGAUACUCCUCUGAAAUCUUUUCUGGUUCAAAAUAAGUGACUCAAGGGUGAUGUAUGGCUUUUAUUUGAAGAAGUCAAGAAAAGGUGUGUGUACUAAACGUAAACAAUGUGUUUUAGACAUUUACGGGACUAACAUUUUUGUGAAUUCACACGGUUAACAUUUAUAACAUUUUACAUAUUAGAAUGUUGGCUGUUCUAAAAAUCUACCUAAUGUAAAUUUAUUUUCGCUUCUGUCAGAAAUAGUGCCUAAAAACUCUAAUCGCUUUGAAUCAGAUAUAUUUAUUUAAAAUUUGUUUAAACACAAAACCUGUUUUAAACCAAAAAAUCCUAGUUUCAAUCCAAAAUUCAGUUGUUUUUUUUUCAACCAGGGUUCCCAGUGAAUGUCUGUUAGUGUUUAUUUUACUUUAUUAACUUCGUAGUUUACACUAAUGUUCUUACGGAUCCUUUUUGGGAAGACAGUCAACUCUGUAACACAGGAGGGCUUUGCCACGUGUCCUAAAACUAUAAAAAGGGUUAUCAAAUCUUCAUGUGAAACAACCUUUUUAAUAGUUACUUAUGCUCACCCAGCAUGAAACAGCAAUUUUCAAUCCUGCCUCUGAAAAAAUGUGUGUUUCAAUAUUAUGAAUUAGUGUUUACGACUGCAAUUGCACCAGUAUUUUCAGCAUGCUGGAAUUUACAUUGUGAUGCCUAUGCAGUUAACAGCAUUGCUUAGUUUAAGACUAGAUGGUUUUUCCAAAAAUUUUAGCCCUUAAGGGGGUAGCUAUAGGAACUACAGGACACACAUCUUUGUUUCAACAGUUUUUAAGCCUUAUCAUUUUACUCUUAAAAUUUUUGGCUUCUUUAAAGCAAAGCAUGUAAUGUAAUGCAAUGCCUGAAGUAAAUAUUGACUCAUAGGCUUCUGCUAAUAUUUUUUUUUUUUUCCUUAUCCGAAACAAAUUUUAAAUUGAUAUCACAAUAGUCUAGAAAAUCAAAUAUUUUUCUAAUCAAAUUUGAACAUACAGUGAAUUUAUUUUUUGCCACACUUCACAGGAGUCCAAGAAAAAUUGAUCCAAAAAACAAUAUGAAUAAAAGAAAAUAACAUUCAUGGAACCAUACAAAUACAUGUAAAAUAAAGUAAAUUUAAAAAAAAAAACUGGCAAUGAAUUUUCUUGAACCAGUAAAUUUUAAGUUUCAAAGUUUUUUUUGUUGUCCUGGUUACAUACAUAGAAUAGAAUAAAUAUAAAACAAUGUGUGAAUAAUGUUGCAGUUCAGAUCUAAAUUUCUCUUAGCCUCAUACCUUUUUCAUAAUUUUUUUUUUUUUUCAAUAAUUUUUUGUGUACGUCUCGGACCUAGUGUAAGCCUACCUGUGGAAAAGAAAUAAUUUGGAAAAAAAAAUAAUUAAAUGUUGAAUUGAAUAUAAAAUUACUCACAAGUAUUGAAUGUUUUUCGAGUAGUAGCUGCUAAUAGUUUUCCCUUGUGAACUCAUUUCUGGGAAUGAAGACACCUAAAAGAACACCGUCAUAGGCACGAGGUUACUGUCUUUAUGAAUCUCUUAACGUGUGGUCUGUGUGUAGUAACAAGAUUACAUGGUUUUAUUUUUAGUCAAAUUUGGUUUUUUUAAACAGAGGAUUUCGGUGUAUUAUGUACUUAAUUUUAUAAAAGCUAUUUUGUGAUACUUGCUACACCAAAUCGAGGGUAAAAUUGAUAUACUAUAUUUUAAUAUAUUGUUCUAAAACAGUUACGUUUAGAACAAUUAAAAAUAAAUUAGUGAGCAUUUAUCGUUUAAAAUUUAUUCCGUUAGAAAUGCUAGAUAAAACAAAUUAAAUUAAUGUUUCUGAUUCAUAUAUGUACUUUGCUACAAAUUUUUGUCCGGAAAUAACGACAUUCCUUGAAUUUCAAGCAUUAAAAGAUUACUUUUUUUAUAUUUUGAAUUAAUUUUUGGUUAAAUGCUACUUAAUUCCAUGAUAUAAUUUGCAUUUGAUAUGCUUUUCGGUGUUAUUUCAGUUUUAUCGCAACUCACCGUAUAAUCAUGUUCCUAUCCAUGUUUUACAAAGCAAAAUUUCAGUAUUAAAAAAUUAGAAAAUUUCUGAUUGCAUAAAAACUGUUGAAAAUAAUAUGGCAACUUUCAGUUUCUCUCAGCCUUUUGUCAUAUCGUACUCUUCACAGUUUUUAUUUUUUAUUUUUGGAGGAACAUGUAAAGUUUUUAGCUGAAUUGUUAGCUUUUCCUGACGUACGUAUUUGCUGCAACUUGCGAUGUGUUUUCGAAGAGACAGCUUUGACUGUUCUGUUCAAAUACUAUGUUAUUUUGUUAGUUUGUUAAGUGUACUUGUACAGUGAUGUCUACACACACAGGAAUUGUCAUCUCUACGUUGUAGGUCCAACUCAUUUUUCACACCUCACGCUGACAUGUAUUUGUUGGUUUAUGAGUUUAUGUGAAAUAAAAAAAAUAUAUUUAAAAACUAAAAAAAGUGCAAUGUUCUACCUUUAUUUCAUUUUCAAUGUAUGUAUGCAUCACCAUUAUUGAAAAUGUUUGGAAACUGCAAGUGAAAGUAAUUUGUAGCAUUUUUGUACAAGCUUAUGUUUAUUAUUUAAAUCAUAAAUGAGACGUUAUAAAGUAAA